AUGGCCACCGCCUUCGAGUCCCCGACCUCCUCCCCCGCCGCCGCGCCCUUCCACGACGACCCUUUCCUCCACUUCGACGGCUCGGCCCCCGCCCCCGCCGACGGCUUCCCGGCCUCCCCGGACGCCUACGCGCCCUCCCCCUUCGGCAUGCCCCACUCCAACGGCGACCUCCACGACGACCCUUUCGCCGCACCCGCUGACUCCAACGGUGGGCCCAUCCUCCCGCCGCCCACCGAGAUGGGCCGCGAGGAGGGAUUCCUGCUCCGCGAGUGGCGCCGACAAAAUGCUAUCCACCUCGAGGAAAAGGAGAAGAAGGAGAAGGAGCUGAGGAGCCAAAUCAUCGUUGAUGCUGAAGAGUUUAAGAAAGCUUUUGUUGAGAAGAGAAAGCUCAAUGUUGAGACAAGCAAGGGCCAAAACCGUGACAGGGAGAAGCUUUUCCUAGCAAACCAGGAAAAGUUCCAUGCUGGUGCGGAUAAGCAGUACUGGAAGGCGAUAUCAGAACUUAUCCCACAUGAGAUUGCUAACAUCGAGAAGAGAGGGGCUAGGAAAGAUAAGGAGAAGGAGAAGAAGCCUGGGAUCGUGGUGAUCCAAGGCCCAAAGCCUGGGAAGCCAACAGACAUGGCACGGAUGCGGCAGAUAUUGCUGAAGCUGAAGCACACUCCCCCACCACACAUGAAGCCACCUCCGCCACCUGCUGCAGCCACCGGAAAGGAUGGAGCACCAGCUGCUGCUGGAAAGGAUGGAGCUAAGCCAGCAGCCCCUGCCAAUGGCAGUGUCCCUGAGAUGGAAAAGGCCGCUGCGGCGGCACCAGCGCCGGCAGCGGCACCACGAGCAGCAACUGAGCCGAUCGCAGCUGCCUAA